AUGGGGAACGAAUCUUCGACCUUGAUAGACGACACAACGCCCCCUUCCGUGCUCGAGGCGCGCACGGUUGAGGCACUGGCCAAGUACAUCAAAGAAAAGGAUGUCCGACGCAUUGUGGUGAUGGUCGGCGCGGGCAUCAGCACGUCAGCGGGUAUUCCCGACUUCCGUUCACCAGACACUGGGAUAUACGCCAAUUUAGCCCACCUCGACCUGCCCGAUCCCGAAGCAGUGUUCGACAUUUCGUUUUUCAGAGAGAAUCCGCGACCGUUCUACGCCUUGGCGCGGGAGCUGGCCCCCGGCCGCUAUCGACCGACCAUUGCGCAUUCGCUGAUCAAGCUGCUGUAUGAUAAGGGCUUGCUGCUGAAGCACUUCACGCAGAACAUCGAUUGCCUCGAGCGUCUGGCGGGCGUGCCGGGUGAGAUCAUCGUCGAGGCCCACGGUAGUUUCGCCAAUCAGCAUUGCAUCGACUGUGGCGCGGAAUACCCGGAGGCCCUGAUGAAGGAUGCCAUUGCUAAGGGCGAGGUACCGCACUGUUCCCAGUGCAACGGACUCGUGAAGCCCGACAUCGUCUUCUUUGGCGAAUCUCUGCCCGGGGACUUCUUCGACAACCGAACCCUUCCCGAGGAGGCCGACCUCUGUAUCGUCAUGGGCACGAGCCUUUCCGUGCAACCGUUUGCAAGUCUGCCGGCGUUUUGUCGGGAUGGGACCCCGCGCAUUCUGAUUAACAUGGAACGAGUAGGAGGGAUGGGCUCCCGUGCUGACGAUGUCCUCAUCCUGGGCGAUUGCGACACGGGGGUGCGGAAGUUUGCUCGCGCUCUCGGCUGGGAACAAGACCUGGAGCUCCUCUGGCAGGCGACGAAUCCCGACAAGGAAUCCCGCGAAGCCGAGAUGGAAGUGAAGACUAAGGAUGAACGGCUUCGGGAUGAAGUGGAGCGACUGACCGAGGAGGUGGACCGGACUCUGGGGAUCUCGACCGCCUACGAGCAGCGGGUGCGACAGCAUUUGAACGGGUCGGGGAAGCAGGCCGGAGCAAGGAGAAGCAGCGAACCGGAGAAGAUCGGGGGAUUAGCGCAUGUGUUCCCUCACCUAGCGCGGUAA